GCCUACUUGAGGGAGGCUGGCGAGUGUGGGAGUGAGUAGAGACAGUAAUUUUUUCCUCUGGCCCUGAGGGGUCUCCUUCUCUAUAUAAGGCACUCUGAGCUGCAAAGGAGUUACUCAGUUCCUAUGUGCUUCAGGAACACCGCCAACAAGCAACAGCCCGGUGCUCUCACAAGGGAAUAAUCCUGACCAUUCUCUUGCGCGCAGAGGAAACUGAAAUACUCAAGCAGCUGGAUACUCAGUAACACAGAGGUUGUGUCUGGAACUCUGAGGAGCAGCGUUCACACAAAAUCCAGUGUCAACUGCAGUCUUACAGUCCGACCCAGACAGCAGAAGUGUCAGAAUGACCUGCGCUGCCAUGACCUGGUUCACUGUCCUCUCCCUCUCCUUCCUGCUGUUGUGCAUCAGUGACUCAGGUUCCCUCUUCCUGCCUGACUCCAAGGAGCUCAGGCAGCUGCUGAGCCGCUACGAGGAGGAAGCAGACCGGAACGGCACCAGCAACACAGCUGGCAAUAGGACCCGACGAGCCAUCCGCUGGUCGGACCGUGAGGAGAUCAUCCAGCUGCACAACAAGCUGAGGGGCGUCGUCUACCCAACUGCCUCAAACAUGGAGUACAUGGUUUGGGAUGAUGAUUUGGAGCGGUCUGCCACUCAUUGGGCAGGGGAGUGUCAAUGGGACCAUGGACCUCAGGACCUGCUGAUGUCUAUUGGACAAAACCUGGCUGUUCACUGGGGCAGAUACCGCUCUCCUGCCUUCCACGUCCAGGCCUGGUACGAUGAGGUGAAAGACUACACCUAUCCCUACCCCCACGAGUGCAAUCCCUGGUGUCCAGAACGCUGCUCCGGGCCCAUGUGCACCCAUUACACCCAGCUGGUCUGGGCAACCACUAGCCGAGUGGGCUGUGCUGUGCACGUGUGUCCAAAGAUGGACGUGUGGGGUGAAAUAUGGGAGAACGCCGUUUACCUUGUGUGCAACUAUUCCCCAAAGGGUAACUGGAUUGGAGAGGCCCCAUACCAACAUGGCCGCCCUUGUUCCCAGUGCCCUCCCAGCUAUGGAGGGGGAUGUAGGAAUAACCUGUGCUACAAAGACUCUCAGCGCUCAGAGACAGAGGACAUGAAUGAGGUGGAGAAGCCUCAGGUUCCAAUGCUGCCUCGUACCACCGCUAAACCUGCCCUCAAACCUAAACCGUCCACUCCGAAGAAACCAGUGUUCAAGCCCUCCACUCCGAAGCUCACCACACCAAGGACGCCAUCUUUAAAGACUACCAGUAACAACUACUUAGCUCAAAACAUUAAGUGUGAGACUAGACUGCGAGAUAAGUGCAAAGGAGCAACCUGCAACAGAUACAUUUGUCCAGCUAACUGCAUGACUAAGAAAGGGAAAGUCUGGGGAACUCUCUAUUAUGAUGUGCAAUCAAGUAUUUGCCGAGCUGCUAUUCAUUUUGGCGUGAUUGACAACAACGGAGGAUUGGUCGACAUCACAAGAAUGGACAAACUUCCAUUCUUUGUCAGAGCCACAAAGAAUGGCAUUGAGUCUCUCAGCAAAUAUAAACCCGGCAAUGCCUUUGUGGUGGCCAAGGUGGAAGAAAUGACUGCAGACUGCUACACCACAGUGGCUGAAAUCUGCCCUUUCAAAAAGCCCUACUCACACUGCCCAAGAAUCUUCUGUCCAGCUAACUGCAAGACUCAGCCUUCUUACUGGUCACCUGUUAUCGGAAACAACUUUUACACAGAUAACUCCAGUAUUUGUAAAGCAGCCAUCCAUGCAGGGGUAAUCAAAGCAGAUGGCGGUCUUGUGGAUGUUCUGCCACUGGACAAGAGAAAGAGCUAUCUUGGAGUCCUGAAAAAUGGCAUCCAGUCUGAAAGCAAGACCAACACAGAGGGGGGUUCCUUCCGAGUCUUUGCUGUGAGGGAGUGAGACUUCAGUUCAGAAGUCCAAAGACCAACAGAGUCACCUCAGCUGCUCUUGAAGAGCAGGAAGUGCCCACAGGUUGGAUACCAAGGCUGUUCAUCUGUCUCUGUGUCUUCAGUGGAAAUAGAACGUCCCAGCAGAUUGAUAGACAAUUUUCCCUCUUAGUUAUCAAACAGUAGCCACCCAGUAGAAGGAAUUGUCCGAUAUUUUAAUGAAUUGUUAUUUUUUCUCAUCUUGUAACUCCAGAUAUGGAUAUUCCUUAGACAUACGUAAUCUGUGAAUACAGAAUUUUUUUAUAUAUAUUAUGAUGCAUUGAACAGCUGGUGCUGGAAGUUUUGAGUUAGACAUGUUUUACAGAAAGUACUGUGUUUACAAAUAUAAGUUGGUUUUCAUACACAGGAAUGUAUACUGAUCACACUGUAUUUAAUCAUUGUGUACAGAAUAUAUGAUAUUUUGUUUGUUUUAAAAAUGGAGUACCAUAUAUUAACAUUAUGUUCUAUUCUGAUUUGUUAUUUUAUUUUAUUGCUGCCUUCUUCCUCUUCGCCUGGAUAAUAUUUGCUUUUCUGCUCCUGAAAAUUUAGACUGUGAAAUCAAAUCUAAGUCUAAAUUGUAUUUAUAAGUUAAGAGGUGUGCUCAAUGUGAGGUGGGAUGUUUAUUGGCUGGGUAGAGCAGAACUCAUCAGGCAGACAUAAAGGGAGAGGAAACAAUAUGGUAGAUGAAAGUGUAUACAGUAGGCAGCAGGCACUGCAACAGGAAAAUAAUGUCUCCCUUGAGGAGGCUGGUGUCACUUCAGUGCCAGACGAGGGAUUAAGUGAAGGUGUUACAUUGCUGAAGUCACUGUGUAGUAUAUGAUAGUUGGUGGAGAUGGGCCUUCCGAAUGGUGGCAGUAGUGUGGACAAUCACAGACAGCAGAUAUGUUUAUAAUGAUAAGCAGUAAUAUGUCAUUUUAUUUUAUAUUUAUUGUUGCUUAGUGCUUUCGUUGUUUCUUUAUUUCUCUGGCUCCUUAAAAUAAAUGAAAAUGCUAAAUUUGUCCCCUCCCCACCAGACAGAUGAAUGUGUCACAUGUUUCAGGUACAAAGAGAGUUUCUUUGUGUAAACACCAGGCCAUAACAAUCAAACUGUAGUUUAUGCACUAUGGAACAAACUACACUACAGUAUGCAGUGUAAGCAGGAGACAGACCUGUAAUGUCUAUCAUUGUACUGGACUGAGGCACUGUGGCCAUUGGUACAGCCCUGAUUUCAAUACUUUUUUCUCUGUACACUUAUGUCUCUAAACCGUUUCUCUUGUGUCAUAUAAAUCCUGAGAAACUAAUUAAACAAAUGUAAAGUGCAGUUUAUGCUGCAGGACUGGGGUGUCCAGUUGGGAUCCUAAAAUCACACCAAACACAUUAUAGCACCAUUAAAUCUUGUCUCUCUACCUGUUGGGUUUCCUUAAGGAUUCAAAAGUAAAAGCCAAGACAAAAUGACUAACUUCUUUUCCUAAAAGCAUAUUUAAACUCUAAUCUCUUUAUUCUACCUCAGUCCUAUCGCUGCGCCAGGCAUUUAAGUCUUUUCUAUAUGGGAAUUUUUAUGGGAAAUUUUAAAGGUUUUGUAAAAUUAUGCGAACUGUAAAUACUAUGAUUUUUGUUUUUGAAUCAUCUUCUAUGCAGUAAGAUUAUAAUUAAAAUGUGUGAAUUUA